AUGACCUGGCUUGAACAACUCAAAUUUUGGGUUUUACUUACUUUAACCAUUCCAUCUACAAUUUGUUCGAUUUUAAUUUUCAUCUAUUUCUAUCAACAACAACGCAAAAUUUCAAUUUAUCAUCACUUAACUUUACUAUUGACUAUAGGAAGUUUCUUACAAUUGACAAUAAAUUUUCCAUUCAUUAUGGCUUAUUACCAUCGUGGUACAGUUAUUCGAGCAUCGUCUAGCUUUUGUCUAUGGUGGAAUUGGUGGGAAUAUUCCAUUAAUGGUUUAUUGUUAUUUGUUAUGGCUUGGGGUUCCAUUGAACGACAUAUACUUGUUUUUAAUAGAGCAGCCCUGGCGACAAGACGAAAUAAACUCCUUUUUCAUAUAUUGCCAAUGGUAGUAGUUUGUUUCUAUCCUGGAAUAUUCUAUUUCGCUGUCAUGAUAUUAAAUACAUGUACGAAUCAAUGGAAUUAUGAUGCGGUUUUCUGUCAAAUACCAUGCUAUUUGACUGCUCAACAAGCUCUAGCAACUUAUGAUUUCAUUGGGAAUGUGGUAUUUCCUGUAUCUGCUAUUGCAAUAGCGAAUGGAAGCUUAAUAUUUCGAAUAGUAUGGCAAAAACGACACCAUCAAAUUGUAUGGCGUCGACAAUAUAAAUUAACUAGACAGCUUGUUUUAAUCGCAGUUGUCUAUAUGGCAUUUUGGUUUCCAUUAACAAUAAAUGGACUUAUUACAACAUUUGCACCUACAUCGGUAUUAACAAGUAUUCAAGUGAAUUUUUUUUUUUUUCUACUUUUCAUGAUACCCGAUUUAUUGCCAUUUACUCUCUUGGCUUGUCUAUCUAAUUUUACGACAACAAUAUUUAAAAAACAACCAAGAUCCAUUGUGCCGAUGCAUUAA